AUGUUCCACAAUUUCGCCUACGCGUGUGCCUUUGCCACGCUGCUAGCUGUACCUGCGACGGCAAGAGACGUUCCAGCUAACGUUAAGGCCUUUUACGACCAAGUUCGUAGCCGGCAGCAAUGCUCCAACGUCCUCAAGACCGGCUUCCAUAGCAAGGAGGGCGGCAAAGGAGAUUAUGGCUAUUGUGGCGACUACUUGAGCAAUUACAAUGUCAUCUACAUCCAGGGUUCGGGAGGUCGCCUCGCGAACAUGGACAUUGAUUGCGAUGGUGCGGAGACUCAUGGAGACGGCCGGUGCGGUUCCUCCACCGACACGCAGCCGCAGACGUCUUUCAAGUCCGAAAUCCAAGGUUACAAGGCCGGAAUCAAUGAUCUGAACGCGUAUGUUCACCCUUACGUUGUUUUCGGCAACGACGGAUCUAAGCCCGGAUGGCCUACCUUCGACCCAAAGAAGCAUGGCAUUGAGCCCCUCAGCGUCAUGGCAGUUGUUUGCAACAACAAAGUUAUCUAUGGUAUCUGGGCCGACACCAACGGUGAUGAUGGCAGCCAAGCCAUGGUCGGUGAAGCCUCGCUUUCUCUUGCUACGGCUUGUUUUGGAACUGGUAUGAAUGGCAAUGCUGGACAUGACCAGUCUGAUGUACUCUACAUUGCGUUCCCGGGCAAGGACGCCGUUCCUGGCGCUCAUGGUGCUACCUGGGCCGCCAACACUUACGAUGAAUUUGAAGACAGCAUCUCGGCACUCGGCAAUCGCCUCCUCAAAAGGAUCCGAGCUUGA